AGUGAACAAUGAGCUGCCUGGACCUUCAGGAUGUGGUUGCUGGGGGUGGGGGGCAUGUGGCUAGUUCAAGGAGUGUGAGAGAGGGACCACUAGGGGCAGGGAGGAUAGUUCAUUAUGUGUCUCCUGGGUUGAGAGGGAAGCAAGGAUCUGGGAAGUGUGUGUGCUGUGUUGGGGUUUUGUGGGAGAACUCCUGGGAGUUGGGGCCUCUUGGGAGGAGAGGGGCAUUGCAGGUGGUAUGAGUGGGAAAUUGGGAUAGUGGCAGACGGCUGAGUAGAGGGAGGGGAAGAAGAAAGCAUUAGGAGGAGGAAGGAAUGAGGUUGAUUAGCUUAACUGCCCAUGGGGUGAGGGAGUGGAAACACAGGGACCAUGUCUGAGUGAUCCCAUUGUAACCACCUAGCUCCAUCUGUAAUGCACUGGUUCUCUUCAGCUCAGUCUGAGGGGGAGAAAAAAGAAAUGAGCAAGAACACAAGACCGCCUCCACCACCAGGACGCAGUGGUGCUGCCAAAGCCAGACAGAUGGGUUUGCUAGUGGAUUUCUCUCCAGAUGGGAUGAUGGACAAUGAUGAGGAGGAUGGUGAACUGGAAGCAGAAUUAAUAGCUAUUGUCGGAGGCCGGCCAGAUUCAAAAGAGAAGCCAAAAGGGAAAACCCCUUUGCCCAUGGAAGCUAUCGAGAGAAUGGCCGCUCUCUGCAUGAAGGACCUGGAUGAAGAGGAUGGGGAAGAGGAAGAAGAUCUGGAAGAUGAAGAUGAUCUGAUGGCGGAACUCAAUGAAGUCCUGGGUGAAGAGAAAGAAAUCAAGGAUGCCACAAUACCUGCUGUUAAGGUGAAUGAAACUCCAGCUGAUUCCAGCAGCGUAGAAUCUACUCUGGUGGAAAGGCUGGAAAUGUACAGAACAGCCAUCGCUAACGCAAAGCAAGCUGGAGACGGGGCCAAAGUGCGCAGAUAUGAACGAGGCCUCAAAACAUUAGAAAACAUGCUGACCUCUGUGAGGAAGGGCAAAAAGAUUGAUGAGGAAGAAAUCCCCCCCGCAGUUGCACUAGGAAAGAGCGGGAACUCCCAGCUGCCGUCCCCUUCUCCACUGACUCUGUCAUCCCAGAGCUCCGCACCCAAUGGAAAGUUCAGUUUAUCCAGCCAUUCUCCUCCACAGCCACCCACUGCAGCACCUCCACAGGCACCCUCUGUGGCAUCUCCCAAGCCGCCACCUCCUGCGUCUCCCAAACCGUCACCUCCUGUACUUCCAAAGCCAGCCCUGUCCUUGCCCAUCAGAUCCCCGGAGACACCAGAGGAAAAACCUGUCCCAUUGGCAGUAUCGGGUUCUGAAAACUUCAGCACCCAGGCCCUCCUACAGGACAGGCAGCGGGAGUACAAGCUAGCCGCAUUGCACGCUAAACAACAAGGCAACGUCGAGAUGGCCAGUAAAUACUACCGCAUCGCUAAGAGCUUUGAUCCCAUUCUAGAAGCUUUGGGGAAAGGUGAAACCGUGGAUCUGGGGCAUCUGCCCCCACCUCCAGACCAGCUGUCCAAGGAGCUGUUGUCCCCAGGUCUACAACAACAAUCUGCUGUGUCGACAACCAUGCCUUUAGCAAAAUCAGCAGCCCCUGCUGCAGUAGAGCUCCCUCCACCCCCGCGAGACAUGUUGGAAGCCCUGCAGCAGAGGAUGGAGCGGUACAAAACAGCCUCCGCUCAGGCCAAGAGCAAAGGAGAUGACCGGAAGGCAAGAAUGCAUGAGCGCAUUGUGAAGCAAUAUCAAGAGGCCAUCCGAGCUCACAAAGCAGGAAAAACUGUGGAUUUUGCUGAGCUGCCUGUUCCACCAGGCUUCCCACCCAUCCAUGGCAUGGAGGCUUCAUCAGGAGACCAAAGCAUCAUGGGAGUCCUGGAAACCGCUAUAAAACUAGCCAAUCAGGAAGACCGAGAGAAUGAUGAGGAAGAUGACAAUGUGGAGGGGAUGAAAAAGCAGGGCUCCCGCCCUGCGCUGUCAAAGCCAACCGCCUCGUCCCAGCCCAAACUGGUUCCACGUGUAUCUUCAGGAGGUACCUCUGCAGCAGCAAAUCCUGCUGGGACUGGCAAAUCCACUGCAAAAGCCACCACAAAAGCCCAACAGCAGCUGGCUUUCCUGGAGGGCAGGAAAAAACAACUGAUGCAGGCGGCGCUUCGAGCCAAACAGAAGAAUGACAUUGAGGGAGCAAAGCUGUUCCUACGUCAGGCCAAGGGACUUGACCCCAUGAUCGAGGCGUCCCAGGGUGGGCUUCCUGUUGACAUAACCAAAGUGCCUCAAGCCCCAGUGAACAAGGAGGAUUUCGUGCUCGUGCAGCGUCGUGGGGUCAGCAUCUCCCCAGAGGCUGCCAGCCAGUACAUGGAGGUCAUGAAGCUGAUGAGGCAGCAGCACGAGAUGUGUUUGAAUUACUCCAAGCAGUUCACUCACUUAGGGAAUAUCGCCGAAACAACUAAGUUUGAGAAGAUGGCAGAGGAUUGCAAGAAGAACAUGGAAAUCUUAAAGCAAGCCCAUGCCAAAGGCUUCCCAUUGCCCAAGUACCACUAUGAGCAGAGGACUUUCAGUGUGGUCAAGAUCUUUCCUGAGCUGAACAGCAAUGAUAUGGUCCUUACUAUAGUGAAAGGGAUCAACCUCCCAGCUCCUCCAGGCGUGACUCCCAAUGACCUGGAUGCCUUCGUACGCUUCGAGUUUCCCUACCCCAACGCGGAGGAAGCUCAAAAAGAUAAGACCAACGUGAUCAAAAACACAGAUUCACCCGAAUUCAAAGAGCAGUUCAAGCUGUAUAUUAAUCGUGGCCACCGAGGGCUCAAGAGAGUCUUUCAGACCAAAGGCAUCAAGUUUGAGGUUGUCCACAAAGGGGGGCUAUUCAAGACAGACCGCGUUGUGGGCACAGCACAGCUGAAACUGGAGGCCCUGGAGACAAUGUGUGAGCUUCGGGAGAUUGUCGAGCUACUGGAUGGCCGCCGGCCCACAGGGGGGAAGUUGGAGGUGAUUGUGCGGCUAAGGGAGCCUCUGAGUUCUCAGCAGCUGGAGACAAGAACAGAGAAAUGGCUGGUGAUUGAUCCUCAGACCAUGUCGGCGGUUGCUCUCCCCAAACCAAAACCAACAGUCGGUCCAGUAAGGGACGUGGGCAACAGCAAACCCAUUCACACUCUGCACAGCUUGAACGUUUUAGCCUUUGACAAGGAGAAGCUGGAAAAGAAGGUGCUGGCGUACAGACAGGCUCACAGGCCGCUUCCCAAUGAGCUAGUGGAACAGCUCCAGGACAUCACGCAGCGGAGCCAGUGGCUGAAAUCCCAGCUGCAGCACGGGGGCCCUGCGUUCAGGAAAGAGUACCUGUUGCAGCUGGAGAGGUUCCUGCAGUUCUACACUGAUUCGGCGCGGCGUCUCGGGAACGAGGGCAAUCGGGAUGCCGCCAAGGAAGCCCUGUACAAGCGGAAUCUCGUGGAGAGUGAGCUUCAGAAGUUCCGCAGAUGAAGCCCUUGGUGUUUUGAAGGCCUGGGACAGAAUGGCCCACCCCCCUACACUGCACUCCUCUUCCCCCCAUGGGGGAGAAACUAGACAGACACUAAUGGGGGGGUGGAGUUCCUUUCUGUCGAGGGGGAAGAUGUACUGGAGGGGAUGGGAAAGGCCCUGAAAUUGACCUUGCAUCCUCUGUUAGUGCAGGGCGGGUGCUGUCCUUGUGCCCUUCCCCACCCCGCUCUGGUGGUAGGAGUGAGCUCAGGCCCUGACCUCACCCCCCAGAACAGCCCCACCCCAAACCCUGAGGUGCAUGAUGCCCCACAGGGAGAAGAGCCAGACAAUCACAUGACAAUCACUUUGCCCCUCUGCUCACGGAGAAGCACAGAUGCUAGAGUCCACCCCGCUGCUGGUCCCCAGCUUAGCAGGAGAGCACUUUAUUCACUAGGGUUUGUUUCUACAGGGGCUGAGGCUGCUCUAGGGCAGAUACCUGUGGCAAACAGGUGCUGACCACAGGUCCUGCCUCCCUUUGGCAGGCUCAGCCCGGGGCUGCGAGGGCCGACAGUACUGCAGCGUGCAGGACUCUUCAUCUCUGUAAUAGUUCCCGGCCUGUUCUCAGCACCAUCUGACGGGGGCCUGGGCUGGAUCUGUGGCUCAUGCACCCUGUUCCUAGCCACAGGUUUCCGUCCUAGUCCAGGCAUGACCUGGUGCAAAGGGAAACUGCCCCGUCCCAUCUCCUGCCCUGUCCCUCAAAGCCCAGUCUGAGCCAGGGUGGGAGUUGUGCUAGAAUUCUGGGGGCAAGCUCCCUGUCAUGGGGCACUGGUGCUGGCUGGAGCAGGGCUCUUCAGGGCCAUUGUCUCUGCGACCCCCUUCCCCCUAGGUAAAGUGCAAUCCACACUGCCCUUUCGGGCACUGGUUUCUAAGGGGGCUUCGUACUGCGCAGCGCCCAGGGCCAGGCAAAGGCUGCGACCUGUGAGCACUGCCCUGUGCUCCCCCCCCCCCCAAAGGUAGGGAGGCCCCAGGAGAGGGGGCAUUUACCCUUCGCUCAGAUAAUCCAGUCCCCGGUGCUGUUCCUGGGGACUGCCCCAUCCUCUGCCUGCAGCAGCAGCUCUCGGGGACGGCUCCAGCGCCUGUCUGCAUCACACAGACAAACGGUGCGUGGUGUGACCAGUGCACGUCCCCGGACGCCCCCCACGCCCUUCACCAGCCCGUAUCACCAGAGCUCCUGCUUUGGCAGCAGCUGCUCUUCCAGCCUCUGCCUGCGUUGUGGGAGGCAGGGGCUUCGUGAGCAGAGAUGGGCAGAAAACCCUUUCCCUAGCCCCGAGACACUGUCUGAGCCCCCCCCGCCCCCCCACAGCAGCAGGGUGAGAGCCGGGGCGGUAUGUGGGGCAGGAAGCUGCUUUAAGGAGUCAGAGCAGGGACGCAGCGAGUGUGAAUGUGGCGCUGCCUUUGGCUCCAGAGGAUGCCAGGCGAAGGGAGGCCGUUCCUGCCAGCUCCAGCCCAGGCCAGGACGAUCCCAGGGAGCGAAAGGUGCCAGAGUGUAGCUCAGAGCAGCUGCCCCAACGGCCAGAACUGGCUCCCGUGUAAAUACCGACUAAAACUUCCGCACCUUCUCCGACCUCGAUGACACUGAAGAUGCUCCCUCCCCCUUCUCCCCAGCAUGGCUCAUGGCAACCUCUACCCACCCCUGAUUUGCACUCUGGUCAUAGCUCAUCUUGCACGGAGGGGUCCCUGCACCAAUGCACUUUGCACGCACCUCUCCCCCAGGGAUGGCAGGCCCCAGCUGCUCAGGCUGCUUUGUUCAGGAUUCGCAGGGCUCCAGGCAGAGGAUGCCUGGGGAGGGUGGUACACGCUGUGAACUGCCAACCCCGUCAUGGGCCUGCUACUUUAAGGAGGCUGUGAAAGAAGGAAGUGGAGAACAGGGCUAUUUCUCGAAACUUACCUGAUCCACCCAGAAGGGCUACUGAUCCACCCAGAAGGGCUACUGGGCCCGUUUGAGGGCUGUCCAGGAUCCCCCUUGCCCUACACGUCCCACUAGAACCCAGUCACUUACUGGCAGUGGCCAUAGAGGAACCU